AUGCUCCACGAGAUCCUCCUCUCCCUCUCCGGCCAGCAGUCGUCUCUCUUCAGCUUCCAAACCGAAGAAGAUUCCGUCGCUGAAGAAUCCUUUCCGAUCCUCUCGCCCCCGGAAAAAGCACUCCUUACCUCCCUCGCCCGUCUGAGCCGCCUUCAUGCUCGACUUCGCGCCCACACGGCUCUGAUCUGCUCCUCACAUCCGUCGGUCAUAUGUCGCGCUGUUUCCACCGCCAUCCGUAGUCACCAUCUCGAUGCGUUCCAGAAGAAGAUCCUUGAGGUGGAGAAGGCCAUCUUAGUCGAGGAUAGUGGCUAUGUUGGAGGUUACGGAAUAGUCCCGCUCGCGACGGUUGUCGGUGAAUUCAAACCCUGGACACGAAGAUUGGAGUGGCUUUGGGGGAUUGGGCGGUUUAUCCAGCCGACAAACAAGAAGGACCAGUCUCAGAGCUGCACCGGUGCGGGUUUGAUAGACCAUCUUCGCGGGGAGUCGCAGACAGGAUAUGUCGACAUCGAAGAGAUCGCGCUGCAGCUGGUCAGCGCCGCAGAAACCGCGUGGAUGAGGCAACUUUCUACAUGGCUGCUCUAUGGAAAUCUCCCUAUUCUGGGAAAAGGCGACUUUUUCAUCCAAGAAACCGAUGCAGGUGGGGCGGAAGGACAGGAUCCGGGCGCUCAAUUUGCAAUUCAUACCAGACUAAUCCCUCAAUUUGUUUCGCCGCAUACCGCUGCCUCGAUAUUGUUCAUAGGGAAGACCCUGAAUCUUAUCCGAGCCAAACGGGGUCCUUCCAGCGGACAUACCUCCGACGCUCUUUUAACGUCACCAGUUACCCUACAUGGAGAACACAUUGAUCACCUUGCUGGGUUGAAGUCACCUAUAUCUGCUUCAAAGUUGUCGACCGCUGUCGACUCAAUUAGGACGUCGCUGUCACAGAGCACGCUUUCAAAAUUAUUACCGCUUCCCAAGAUCCUGGAGAUCCUUUCUCUUUUGCACGACUUUCUACUCCUACGACGUGGUGAAUUUGCUACAGCAUUAGUAUCACAUGCCGACGCGAGGUUACGAGAACGACAGCGGAUACCAGUGACCACGGCCACUAGGAAUAUUGUGUCUAACAGCGUCGACGGCCUUGCUAUCAAGGAAGGGGACAUAGCGACCACGCUGACCAACACCUGGGCGGAACUUUACUCCUUGCAAAAUGAAGAAGACCCUGUAGAUGAUGAGCUUGACCUCGCUACGGAGCUUGUUCGGCUCUCACUCAAAACGAAAGAAGACAACCAGGGACUGGGACUGUUAUCAGGUGAAGCGGGGGCCGAACUGGUAGCAGAAACCUCCAGCGUCCCGUUUGACGACCUUCUCUUUCCUACGUCAACAUCCCUUUCGGUGCAGGUGCGGGCACCCCUGGACCUCUUCCUAUCGGCAUCCGACAUUUUAAUAUAUUCCAAAGUGCACUCGUAUUUGCUAGGCAUCAGACGUGCACAGAUUCGGUUGGGAAACCUAUGGAAGCACACCCCAAUCCGACGAAGUCACCCAUCGCCUUGGGGCCCGCCGCGGAGUAAUAGUCGAUUUGGACAGAGUAGACUCCGGAUGGGCAGGCAACGCGAAAAUGCUAGAACAAGCCAAAUGCGGGCUAUCUGGGCAACAAGCAGCGCAUCUCUAUUUGUGCUUUCAGAAAUAGGAAGCUUUUUCCAGGGAGAAGUCAUUAAUGGGUCAUGGCAGCACUUCUGUGAAUGGAUAGAAGCAGGGGUGUCUGAUUCUGGUUCGACGCCCGGAUCCCGACCCGGAACUGCAAGUUCAUCAAAGGCGCGGAAUCAAGGUCUUGCCACGGCCAUGGAUGAGCAAAGUGAAGAACCUGGAUCGGAGGCGGCACCUCCUAGACGGCACGAUCCAGAAGCCCUCACGGCUGCGCACCGCCGGUACCUUUUUUCAUUGGUACAGUCGCUCUUCCUCAACGACACACCUUUUACGAAAGCUCUGCGGGGUCUACUUGCGAGGAUCGACCACUUCAUCGCCCUCGUGAUUCGAUUGGAGAGCAUCCAGCGUAACAUGGAUCUCGAAACCGAUGAGGGGGUGGUUGACGCAUUGGUAGACUACGCAAGUGAGGAACGCGAAGUAUGGCAAGCGCUCAGGGCAGCGCGAGAAGACACAGAGAGGGGGAUUAACGGGGUCGUAGCACGAUUGCGCGAUAUCGACGACAGCCGAGCAGAGGAGGGGCGAAUGAUGUUCGAGCCGACGACGAGCGCCACUGGGAGCUGGACACUUGGCCAUGCAAAUGGGUGCUCGUUUGUGCCGCGCAAAGCUGCGGGCGUCGACCGACUGCUGAUGAAGCUAGACUUUGGGACCACGAUGGGUUAA